AUGGCUGAAACAUCCUUUCCAAAUAUCAUUUCCAGAAAUGGGAAACACGAAAAUGAAUUGGAAAUGGAAUCAACCAUUUCAACUCCAAUAGCUGAAAUAUCAUUUCCAUCUAGAAAUUCUGAUAAACACGAAAAUGGAUUGGAAAUGGAACCAACCAUUUCAACUACAAUGGCGGCUGAAAUAUCAUUUUCAUCUGAUAAACACGAAAAUGGAUUGGAAAUAGAACCAACCAUUUCAACUCCAUUGGAGUUGAAGAGAAAGAGACCACAGAUUGAAACACGCAGAAAAAAGAAAAAGAAGAAAAUGUACCGGCCAAAAGUGAUCGGAGAAGGCAGAGCAAGGAAGAGAUCAACCCAACCAGUAAAGCCAAAGCCGCCGAGAGUAAGGCCAAAGCCAAAGCCAAAGCCGAGAGUAAAGCCAAAGCCGAGACCAAAAACCAACAAAAUUGUUACUACUGUUAGAGGAUGUCAGCAGAACAGUUAUUCUGUACAAGAAAAUGAUCAAGUUCAUAUUAUAGAUAAAGUUCAUAUUAUAGAUAGUUGCAGAGAUCUGGUAAAUGAGAAAGCUUUACUCAAUAAUGCUACGGUUAGUUGCAAAGAUCUAGUCUUAAUUGGAAAUGAACUGAAGAAUGAGAAAGCUUCACCCACUUUUACUGUGAGUGAGAAAGCUUCAGCAGAAGUUGCUAGCCUUGAUGAAAAGGAAUCCGCGGACGAUCAUUCAAAUAGUACAGUUAUCCAAACCAAAGUCGGGUCGACCGGGAGGCUUUAUGAAUGGCUCCAUGGAAUACCACAGAAAUGCAGGAGAAAAAGGAGUUCAAGGAGAAGGCCAGCAAAAAUCACUAAGAGAACACCGUAUGGAUUGAGGUCUGGAAAUAAAAAAGGCGAGGGAUCAAGAAACAAUCUACAGCCAUUCAUCUACUGCAAGAGAAAAAGGAGUCCAAUGGUUAGAAGGUGCAACGUAGCUUCAGCAAUUGAAGUCUGUAAACAAUUGCGGAGAAACACACAUAAACAUGCCUCCAACACAAAAAAAGCAAUAAAAAACAAUGGCAGAGGUGAUGAUGAUGAUGAGACCACAAAACAGAAACUGGAGAUUGAAGGAACACCAACAAAAGUAUCAGAUCAAACAACUGAAAUGUAUUAUUCAGAUGAUGGCUGUCAAUCUCAUUCUGCAUUAAGUUCUAACGAUAGAGAAGCAUCUGUGGAAACAGCCAUAGCAGAGGAUUGGUCGGGUCAGACAACGCUCCCUGCAGUAACUUUCAAGUUUGCAGCUAUCUUUAGGGAGGGGACUUUCUGGAAGAUUGGCAAUGCAAUUCGUAUUGAAACAUUAAGUCACAACGGUAAGCAAACAAUGAGAUGGCUUGAUAUCAGACAGUUUUUGACUAAUUUGAAGCUUAUAAAUGAAAAGAACCCAUCAGGGACAGGCAUUUCACUUCCUAGAAUUAUUACAGGUUUUCAUGAUGUGGGCAGCGGAAGAAGCUUGAUCAGGCAACAGGACUUCACCCAUCCAGGAAGUGUAAAUGAAACGAGACCUGCCCUCAAUGUAAUAUUAUGGAAUAGAAGUGAAGGAACAAGAAAUAAUCAUGAGCAUAUCAGGCUUACACUUGAAACAAGAGGCGAUAGGCGUUUUUCACCAUGGAAAGGUUCGGUGGUGGAUUCUGUGGUUGGCGUUUUUCUUACUCAAAAUGUCUCUGACCAUCUUUCAAGUUCUGCUUAUAUGUCACUUGCUGCAACAUUCCCCCUCUGUGCAACAAGAAACCAUACAGAAUAUUAUCAGGGCCAGGACGUUUUCUGCACUCAACAAUCAACUCAAAGAAACAAAGGAUAUUUUCUGUGUGAAAACGAAUGGAACAAUGACAGUAUGUUGGAGAGUAACAAGAAAACAGGAGAUCGUGAAGAAGUUGAACAAUUAAUAUCUGCGAAUGAUGCAAUUUCGUCUCAAGAUUUUAUGGGAUCAUCGCUAAAAAAAAGCCUUGAUGAUACCCUUCACUCAUCUACAUGUUUCGAAGAUGAUUGUGGAAUAGGUUUGUUUAGGAAUUUGGAUGGCACAGAUAACAUGGAUGGCACAGAUAACACAGUGCUCCAUCCUAAUAAAUCAACCUCUGUCCAAGAGCCCUAUAGCAGCAGUCCAACUAGCACAUCAUCGCAUAAAAGCAAUCAAGAAAAUGAAAUUUUAGAAUCCAAAGAGGUGGAAGUUGAUUUACAAGUCACGCCAAAUGAGAAAUCUCGGAGUUCUAUUGGCAGCUCUGAAAGGUUUCAAAAUCAAGAGAUUCAACACACUGGUGAUGUCAAUGAUUUGGAAGACAGAGAUUCUAAUGAUUUUAGUGAUGAAAAAAGGACAGAUAUUUCUAAGGGGACAGCCAAAAAUAGUAAAAUGAAGCCAGAAAUGGAUUGGAAUAGUCUAAAGGAAAAAUGGGACAGUAUGAGGAGAGCCUAUUCUGUUCAUGAGCCAAGAAGUAGGGAUCACAUGGAUUCUGUGGACUGGGAAGCAGUUGGGUCAGCAGACCCUAUUAAGAUUGCAGCUGCCAUCAAGGAACGUGGCCAACAUAACACCAUAGCAAGAAGAAUUAAGGAGUUUAUUAAUCGAACAGCUACAAUGCAUGGCCACAUUGACCUCGAAUGGCUUAGAUAUGCUCCUCCAAAUGAUGUUAAGGCAUAUCUAUUGGAGAUACAUGGGCUAGGAUUGAAAAGUGUAGAAUGCGUAAGGCUUUUAUCACUUCAGCAAGUUGCCUUUCCAGUGGACGUAAAUGUUGGUCGAAUCGCAGUUCGAAUAGGAUGGGUUCCUCUUGAACCGCUGCCUGAGGAGGUUCAGAUUCAUCUUCUAGAGACGUUCCCUAUGAUGGAUUCUAUUCAAAAAUAUCUAUGGCCAAGGCUCAGUACACUUGACCAACGAACUCUGUAUGAACUGCACUAUCAACUGAUAACAUUUGGAAAGGUCUUUUGCACGAAGAGAAAACCAAACUGCAAUGCUUGUCCGCUGAGGGCCGAAUGUCGGCACUACGCUAGCAAAUAUGCAAGUGCAAGGCUCGCAUUACCUGGAUUGCCAGAGAAAAGAAUGGUAAGUACAAUGAUCCCGGAAAAAAGGUAUGAAGGCACUGCUCAAGUGAUGAAUCCAGCACCAGUACUCCAUAUCGAAGGCAAUCCAUCUUCAGAAUCGAGAUAUGAAACCAUCAAUUGUGAACCUAUCAUCGAAGUGCCUCGAUCACCUGAACAUGCAUAUGAUGAAUCACAAUCAACAGACAUUGAAGAUUUAUAUGAGUAUGAUUCUGAUGAUGUUCCAGUAAUCAGACUCGACUCCGGACGAGUUACAACUUCACAGAACUGCAUGGACAAUAACAUCACUGGAGCUUUGAUUCCUUUGAACAACAGAGUUGCUUCCAUCCCAAUGCGCAAACUGAAGCAUGUAGAUCGUCUGAGGACAGAACAUCAAGCCUAUGAACUUCCAGAUACACAUCCUCUCCUAUAUGAGCUAGAACCACGAGAGCUAAAUGAUGCUUGCCCGUACCUUUUGUGCAUAUGGUCACCAGGUGAAACUAUAGAUUCAUCUGAGCCACCCAAUACAAAAUGCACGUACCAGGAAACGGGAGAGCUUUGCAGUGAAGGAUCAUGUUCAUCCUGCAACAUUCUCAGGAAACAAAACAGUGGAACAGUUCACGGAACGAUUUUGAUACCCUGUAGAACAGCCAUGAGAGGCAAAUUCCCAUUAAACGGGACAUAUUUUCAAGUCAACGAGGUUUUUGCCGAUGACGAAUCAAGUAAAAACCCCAUUAGCGUUUUUAGGGAAUGGAUAUGGGAUCUCCCGCGAAGAAUUGUGUAUUUCGGAACCUCAACGGCAACAAUUUUCCGAGGCUUGGGAAUUGAUGAUAUCCAGUACUGCUUCCAAAAAGGGUUCAUUUGUGUGAGAGGAUUCGAUCGAAGAACACGAACUCCAAAACGACUAACGGAGCGGUUGCACAGACAAACCAACGCAGCAGCAAAAGCUAGGGCAAACAAAAACACUGAUCACAAACCUUGAGUGACAUCUUUUUCUUUCUUUCUUUCUUUUUCUGUUCAUAAAUUCUUUAAUUAAUUUUUUUUUUAAUUUGAAUUUAAUAAUAUGGUAAAUAAUGAACAAGACGGUAGCCGGUAGCCGGGACCGUAACCGAGACCCGCUCCCAAUGUAGUAGAGUGGAAGUGAAAGAACUCGAGAUAACGACGAGCUUCUAAAUAAAAUGUAUCCCUUCUUCGACCGAAUA